CCGACGACCAACGAACGGGCUUUCCCACGCACCCAAUCCUGCAAGCUAUUCCCCGCAUAUAGCUGCCCCGCCGCUAAUUAAAACCCAACGACUGUAGCCUCAUCCCGCCCCGGCUGCGGAAAAGGAUAACACCCUGCCCCGCUACGUUCCUGCCGGUCCAUUAGCAGCACCACCAACCCGUGAAGUACUGUACGUGCGCCGCUUUUGCGGAGUUGCGACCGCUUCGUAUCCCACUUCAAGUUUCGGCAAUACAAACAUGGGGAGCCAGCAGUCGACAAUACCUCCGCCCGACACGCAACCCGACGAGCAGGAAGCCUUGCGGUCAGCGGCACCCAAUGAAGCUACUCCUCAGCAAAUAGAAUCCCCCCCAUCCUCGCUGAUCAGCCGCGCUGCCCAGAAUCGGGGCCAAAUCGUGACUUCGGAAGGACUUGUGGUGCACAGCAUACCAGGCGGGUUGGGAAUUUCGGAUACAUCUGAACCAACAGCCGAGAAUGCGAAUACCUCGGCGGAAGGGACGGGUGCCACGCCACCUGCAGACCUCUCACCAGCAGAAGCCGAAGCGUUAGCCAGGAGAUCGAUGAGUUUCAUGAUCUACUUCAUCCCAUCUGAAGCGGGAGCGGCAGCAGGCGGUCUGCCAACACAGACAGGCACACAGACUGGCGCCCCCACUGCGCAAACAAAUCAAGGCAGUGGGCAUCCGUUGGGACCGGGGCAACCACCGAGCGGAAGUCUAAGAGAUGCCCUGAGUGAAAUUGCCGUCUUGCCAUCAUUGUUCGGUGAAGCCUCCUCGCCAUCGCAAGGCGCCUCAAACUCUACCCAAGCUACGGCCACUGCAGGCAAUGCUAGACAACCAGGAACGGCUUCAUCUGAUCCACCGACCGGCGGCGCCGCUAGCCCGCAUACACACCGCAUCCUUCCGAUGCAAAUGCAAGUUAGCCCACGACCGGCACGCAACAUCGUAGAAGAGCUCGCCAUCUCCAUCAUGUUACAAAUAGUCACCAACAUGCUCCGAGAGGGCUCUAUGAACGGGCCAGGCGGACUCUUAGGUGGAACCCUCAGUCUCGACAUCGCCGACGAACUGGCCAUGGAGGAUGGAGCCGCUGGCGGUGGAACCGGGGCGGGCAUGCCAGCCGGUGGGGGCGGCAUGUCGUACGAAGAUUUUCUACGGUUGGCGGAGUUGCUCGGUCCAGCGCGUCCACGGAACGCCACCAUGGACGACGUGGAUAGGGAACUGCCUGUUUUCAAGUUCAGCGAUAACUCACAAGUCAGCAUGGACAUUGACGGGCCACCACCGCUCGAACCUGUUGAGGAGGAUAAAGGCAAAGGGCGAAAAACGGAGACGGAAACGGAGAUGGAGACGCAGGAGGAUAAGCCGACGGAAUCGUCUCGCCGCGUCUCCCUGCGGAUCGAGGACUUGGUACCCGCCACCCGCGAAAAGUGUAUGAUUUGCCUGUCGCCGUAUGAAGCAGAUGAUGAAAUUCGCGUUAUGGGGUGCCGGCAUGGAUUCCAUAAACCUUGCUUGGAUCAGUGGCUAACCCAAUACGUCAACUCCUGCCCCCUUUGCCGCGAAAAGGCGGUCUCCACAACACCCACCGCACCCACAACAACAACACCCACCACCCCGCAAACCCCCUUCAACCCCUUCACCCCCCUCGGCCGUCCCCCGACAUCCGACGAACCGCUCCCCUUCUCAGUGGACACCUCCCGCCAAACGCAGGAUCAGACCCCGCCGGAACGAAGAGGGUUUUUGAGGAGGAUUUGGGAGAUGUUUGGGAGUGGGGGGAGGAAUCCUGCGGGUGGGGCCCCUGCGAAUGCGAAUGCUGGUGUGGAUGCAGGGCAGACGGAGGGUAUGGAACGGGGGACGGGUUUGCCGGCGGCGGUUUUGGUUGUGCUCGGAUGAAAAAUGCGAGCUGUUGUGAAAUAUUUGAGGGCGACGCGUGCGGUGCAUGAGACGGUCCCAGCGCGCUUUCAUAUUAAACCCCCUUGUAUAGAAUCGUCCCCUGGAAGGUCGGGGAAGGGCGGAACAUAGCUACCUUCCCGUACAUCCCCCAUCAACAUACAACAAGUUUCACAAUUUUGUAAUGGCCUGCCGGUGUACAGAAUAUAAAGAAGUUUCCCCCCCUCAGACCCGUGUUAGUGCCGAAAUGGG